UGCGUUCAAAUUCUCUAACAGCUAAGGCGGGUUGCGCUGCGGCCCGGCCGUACCUAUGGUAGUGCAGCCGCGCACGUAUGGUAGUGCGGUCCACUGAGGGGAGCGGAGCGGGCUGCCGGGUAGGGCUCCCAACGGGACUCCGCGACGAGAUGAUCGUAACAGCUUCCCGAAGUCCCCCGAGAACCCCUGCCCGUCCCUGGAGAAAGCCGCCGUUCCGGUCGGUGCCCUUCGACAGUAUCCCCGUGGGUACGCUGACCCCCCUGAAGGACCUGCUGCAGGCCACGAAGAAGAGCAGCGCUGGAGGGCCGGCGCCCAGCGGCGAGGAGGUGCCGGAUUACGGGGCCGACCCCGGCUCUGACCUGGAGCGGCAGCUGAAGCGACGGGCGUACGAGUCUCCCGCCUGCGAGUCCCCGGCCAAAAUCUUCCAGCGGAUGAAGGCCCAGGCGCUGUGGAGGAGGCAGGGCCCGGCGAGCGGCGGCAGCUCUGACGUGAUCGUGACUCCCACCCCGCGCCCCGCCAGGCCGAGGCCAGGGCGUGGGGCGCCUGUGCCGGCAGCCCCUCAGGGGUCCGCCGAGGUGCCCUGUGGGCGUGCGCGGCCAGAAACUGAAUUACUUUGCACUCAGAAUCCUGAGAACCAAACUGUGAAAGCACUACCCUCGGACCCUCUUGUAAUGGAAACCCCUCAGAAUUUCUUCCUGCGUAUGAAAUACAAAUUGCAGCAGCAGCGAAAAGAUCCAAUACCUUCCAACGCAGUCAAGCAGAACAUUCCUCCUUCCACAACUAUGGAAGAGCCUUUAGUAAAAUCUGCUUGUGCUGAGCAGCUCAGGAAUGAUCCUACAAGUAAUGUGGCCACUGAUGAGGAUGAUCGGGAUAGUUUCCUUGUGGAAUUAAUGGAUGCUGAUGAAGAGAGAUCUCAAAAUACAGUGACUAGUUCUGUAUGUUUAUACUCCGCCCCUUUUAAAAAUGGGUAUGAGGUAGGAAAAAAGCACAGAAGUGGAGAAGCAAACCAUACUGAACUCCAUCAAGCCAUAAGAGAGCUGCAGCCAAGUAAUAAGCAAGGUGCUGCUGAAGUAGGAAAGAUGCUGGAGACUAAUUCUCAAAAGCUCUCACAGUGCUUAGGUAAUAUGAACUCUCCUCUCAAAGUCCACAUUCCAAGGAAGCAAAAGCUGAAAGAAGUCUGUGAAGCCUCUUUGGAUGAACCUCAUACAAAUCAAGUUCCUUGCAAAGCAGACAAAGAGAAAAACAUCUCCCUGACCUGUUGGAGAAUUGAAGUGAUGGAUGGUAACACCGCAAUAUAUGUUAAAGGAAGACGGAAAGGUAUGAAAGAUCUGUAUUGGCAUAGUAAUGCAAUUACAGAACGCAUAGCAAGCAACCAAGUUAAAACAUCAUCUGGCCGUGUCUACUUACUAGAGGGAAAUAUAGAUUCAACUUCAAUGAAAAAAAAAGGAUUUCCCUACCGUUUCAUCAGAAGAUUUACAUACGGGUUUUCCAAAAACUGGAAGAAAUAUGUUGAAGAGUUUCUUGAGGAAAGAAGGAAAGAAGGAAAACAAAAUACUAGUAAGGAUGAAAAUGAAGAGAGUUACUCAGAGGGGACUGAUGUGUUGAAAAAUGCAGAAGGCUCAGCAAGAGAUGCAGAGAAACCUGAAACUGGAAAGACCACCUAUGAAGUAUUAUCAAGGAAUGAUGAAAACACUGAUGCAACACCAAAGCACAGUUCUAUAUCGAAUUACUCAAAUGGACUUCAUACUCGUAGUGGCCGCCUUAUUAAACGACCAUUUAGUUUCUGGUGUGGGCAACGUGCAUUUGUUGAUCAGAACCUAAAUGUUACUAUAGAAGAAGGUGGAACAGAUUAUUUGAGCAUGGUGUUUGCUAAUGGAAAAUCCUCGGAAAAGUCCAUUUCCUUCUCUAAAACAAAUAAAAGGAAGGAAGUAAUGAAGACAGCAGAAAAAACCGCAAAAAGCCAAAGUAAAGGGAAAAACAAUGAAAAAGGAGUAAGUUCCAAAAGAGAAACCAGGUCCACUGGAUAUAAGGAGGCCAGGAGGCACUUGUUUUCAGAUGAUGAAGAAAGUGAUCAUGCAGUCAGUAGUGCAGCAUGUGAAGGAGAGCUUAUUGUUAGGUUGACUCCCUUAAGCACCAAAGUACUAAAACCUAAUUGUAAAAGCAGAAGCCCAGAAAGGACAAAGGAAAAGAGAGAAGCACAGUAUGGAGAAUUGACUGUGUGUCGGCAGGCUGAGAAGUACUCGGCCAAACAACUUCAAGAUAGGCAUUUAACAAAAGAAUUGUCAAUUAGAGAUGAUGAAGAGGAAUGCAGUGAAGAUAUCCCACUGUCUAUCAAAAGGAAAACUAAACCUCCUCUUAAUAAAGAGACUCAAAAUUCUAAAUCUUCCUCUAACUGUGAAAGGUCACAGGAUGAUGCAAACAAGGUGUUGUGUGAACAAAGGACGGUAAGGCAAAGUACACCCCAAUCCACUGGUGGUUCUGAUUUCCUUGAACGAAAAACAUCUUCUGGUGAGUCUGGUGCUUCCCUCAUGCCUAGUAAGGCAAUGAGAACAAAAAGGAAAACCAACCCUCCAAAGUAUUUCUCUGAAUUUGAGCCCGAAAGCAGCAAGGAGGAAUUUCACAUAAAACAAAAGAAUUCAAAAGUAUCUGAUAAAACCUCAAGAUGUCAAGUUUCUAAUACUGCCAAGACUUCAGCAGCAGAGUCAAGAAAAUCCAAGAGGGAAGAGGUGCAGAAAUCCCAAGAACUUUUUCCAAGGGCAACUGAUGGUUGGUCUGAAAAGGAGUUACAGAAGCUGUACAGGGCCGUCGCUUCAUUUCCCAAGCACAAGAAGGGCUUCUGGGUGGACGUAGCCAUGGCGGUGGGGUCUCGCUCUGCUGAAGAAUGCCAUCAAAAGUACAUAGAAGAGCAACAGGAGAAAGUUUCCAAAAAGCAUGCCAAGACCACCACCGCUUCAGGAAAAUCAGAAGAGAAAGGUAAGAAAGAGCCGGUUAUGAUAACUGCCAAAGAGGGGACCUUUCGAAGAAAGCAGCAGAUGCGAGAUUUCCUGGACCGUUUGCCAAAGGACAACCAUGAUGAUAUUUUCACUGCGACACCCUUUCAGAACAGAAGAGUCAAGUUGCCAAUGUUCCAGGGAAGCCAAGAUGAUGAUGAUGACGAUGAUGAUGAUGAUGACUUUGAGCUUACAGACAACCCGGUAACACCUUCCUCAGCUCUCUUACCUAUGGUGAAAACCCCUCAGUGUGAGCAUAUCAGCCCUGGUAUGCUGGCACCCAUCAACAGGAAGGAUUAUGACAGGCACGUGUUCAGAAUGCAGAAGAACACAUGGGGCAGAAGAGGCACCUGGGACAAAAUAAAGAAGUCAUCGGCCAGGGGUGUGCUUGGCACACCGGCUUCACGCAGAACCAAGUUCAGUUUUGAGACAGGUAAGUACUUCUUGUUUCUCCUCCUUCAUUUCAGGCUCCUUCACUUACUUUCCCAUCCGUGCUGGCUUGUUGGGUGUCCCCACCCUGCGUGUUUAACAGCUUUUCUUCCGUCCGUUUUCUCAUAAGCAUCUUUACUUGUUGGACUUGCUGUAACUGCUUUUCAAGCUUGGGCACACACACUAACAAUCCUGUUUGUUUUUUUAUUGCAGAAGCAAAACAGACCUUGCUGGUAGGGAAGCUCUUUGAGGCUGAGGCAGCAGAGUCAUCAGCUGAAAAAGAGGAUGAUUCCUAUUUUUUUGUUCAAUGAACUCUGUGGGUUUUAUUAGUUCAACACUUAAUGUGCCUCUCAGGUGGAGCCAGAGGGGUCUGGCUGCCCUUCUGAGAUGGUAUUCCUAUGAAAAUAUGUUUGGGAAAACUUAAUGUGUGGUGGUUGUACUGAUUUUAACACCAUGCUCACCUUGCAGCUCCUUCAGCAGCGUGUGCCACUGUGUGUGUGUACACAAUGGUGAUUUCACGCUCAGGUGCCUCCUUUCUGCCCCCCCAUUUCUCCUGGGGGAGUGAGAAUUGUACCCAGGUACCUGUCGCAGGCGAGCAGUGGUUCAUUUUAAGUUAAAACACCUUUUUGUACUAUGGCUGUACAGCAGGUUUGUAAUGGUUCAGUGUAAUAAUUUGGAAUUGCUUUUUAGUUUACUGAGAGUUUGAAUUUUUACAUUUUCUUAAUGUAAUAAAAAGGCCUUGUCCUCUC